UCCUCAGUCCAAUUAUAUCGAAUAUAUCAUCAAAUACUUUACCUAAGGUACCUUCUUAGGGGAAUUUUUAAUAUCUUCAAGGCGGACUUCUAGUCACCUCCCAAGAUAAAUGCCUAGUAAUUGCUUUUCACCCUCCACUAUGCGAAUAUAACUGGCGCAGAUCAGCGCUGGAUAUCUCAGCCACCAUCUCCACCAUGAGCAGCACAUCCUCAGCUCUGUACCACUCGCUCCCGCUUUCCAUACCGAAGAAAUCAAUCCGAGUCCUAGACUUUCACGGCAAUGUCCCUGAUUCUCCCACAGAAGUCUUACAAGGCCAUAUGCGCGUCAUUGAUCUUCUUGAUAAGCCAACUUUCACAGCCUUAUCAUACGUUUGGGGGCCAUAUCAUUCCCCCCCUCACGAGAUCUGUUGCGACGGGUCUAAUAUCCGAAUCACUUCGAAUUGCCGCGCAGCCUUAUGUGCUCUGCGGCGGAGAUUUGGUCCGAUUUCCAUCUGGGUGGAUUCGAUCUGCAUGAACCAGCAAGAUGAUGGGGAAAAAGAAACCCAGAUUCCCCUGAUGGGUGACAUUUACUCCUUGGCUGUCUCAGUCUACAUUUGGCUUGGAGAUGAAACGCUGGAAUCCGAAGCAGCUAUUGGUUAUCUCGGUUCGGCUGGCUUUCAAAGCCACUUCACCUCGGUGGCUGUCACGUACUACCUUUCCCAGCGGAGUAGAUGGGUUCAUUGGAGGAUUGCGUGGUCCUUGUUUACAAGAAGGCAUAGGGAAUUUGUAGCUAACUGGUGGAAAUACGGUUUCUUAAGUGGUGCUGGUACCCUAUUAGUAGGCUUUCGAGCACCUCCGGAUAAGCUUAUUCAUUACAAAGGCCUUGAAGAUUUCUUCUCUAGAGAAUGGGCUUCUAGGGUAUGGACAUUACAAGAGGCCAUCCUAGCCAAGAACCCAAUAGUCUGCUGCGGUGAGACUGUUCUUGCGUGGCGUCCUAUCAUCUACAGUAUCGCAUAUCUGGAGUAUGCAGGUCAAAAUUACGGCGUCGGACUCCCGGAAGCCAACUUCAAUGUCUGGAGGAAUAUAGUUCUACUUUGGCUCUUCGUGAAUCCCGAUAGCCGGCAUCGAGAUCGGCUUCUCGAUAAUUCCCUGUCAAGUGAAAUUACGCUGCAGCGAUUUAUGCCUGAAUACUGGGGAUUUCUUGAAGCUAUUGCACAAAAACAUCGUCGCUUGGCAUGGGUGGCAUUGUGUAUUCACAUUCCCACCUGGCUCGUUAUCAUAGCGCUUCUUAGAAAUGCUCUAGGGAUAGAGACAUUCAUGUCCGAAGUUGCUGGGGUUCUGGCUGUUGUGGUCGCGAUGGUUUCCGUAGCUAUUUCUCUCGCUGAUCCAGUCUUCCGUUGGCCAGUAUGCUUUCCGCGAGAAACCGUGAAGCAUAUAACAAAUAUCCCCAAUGCAAUCAUCCACGAGUUAUGCGCUAGAAACGCCACAAACCCUAGAGAUAAGUUCUAUGGAAUGUAUGCGAUCUUCUCUCGGCUAGGUAUCGGACUAUCCCCUCCAGAAUACAGUCGUACGCCAGAAGACGUUCACCGAGAAGCCUUUCUCAUCUUACUGAACUGGACGAACUCCCUUGGCCUACUUCUAUGCUCUAGCCGUCAGAAGUCCAAUUACGAGUCGUCCUGGGUUCCAGACUGGAGAGAAGACCUAGCACAAGGAUGGUUUGAAGCUUCCUACCUGUUCCGAAAAGGUCGCUACGAUGCGACUCCCAACUCACCCCCACUAUGGUCCUUGCGUAAUAGCAAACAGUUAGCUCUGAGAGGUGUCAUUAUCUCAAGUAUCAUUGAACACACCGAUCCUUUCCAAAUCAUCGAUGAUGAUGCUAUACGGCUAAGAUACGAUCAGCCGCUGUUUUUAAACGAGCUCAGGACUCUUGCGGAGUAUUGUCAAUCUGGUAACCCCGUACUAACGCGUUUCUUUCAACCGAAUCCAGGCCCUCCAAAUGCCCCUGAUUCAACGCUCAUGCUCAACAUGACUGCCCUCAAUUUGUCCUACUGGCUCGAGAUCCUUAACCCCCUAGCACAAAACGAACGUCUCCUAUUCAAAACCUCCAUCCCCGACCGUAAUACUGUCGGCAGUUGUCCAAUUCAAUCCCAAGUCGGAGACCUCAUCGCCUUAGCCUCAGGGGUGCCAUUACCACUUGUCUUACGCCCGGAAGAGAGCUCAUAUCGUCUCAUCGGCUUCGCAGAAGUCGACGGACUAAUGGAAGGAGAGUGUUGGGCAAACCUCACCAACGAAAACCUCAUAGAUAUCGUUCUUACCUAGGUCCUAACAUCCUACAACUC